GUUCCGAGGCGGUUGCUCCGGUCGCCCCGGACUCCCCGCCCCUUCCGCGGCCAGGGGGCCGUCGGAGGCGUGGGGGCCGCGUUAGGGGCUCUCUAGAGGACGGGGACCCUGGCGGCGGGACCCUGGGGCGACCCACGGCUGGGGUCAGCCAUUAAGCAGUCCCACUUGUGUACCAGGCACUAACUGGGCUCUUGACGAGCAUCACCGCCUAAUCCUCCGAACAUCCCAGGGAGGGUCUCAUCUCCUGGGCCAUGAGUGAGCUGAAGGACUGCCCAUUGCAAUUCCACGACUUCAAGUCUGUGGACCACCUGAAGGUCUGUCCCCGCUACACGGCGGUGCUGGCCCGCUCGGAGGAUGAUGGCAUCGGUAUCGAGGAGCUGGACACCCUGCAGCUGGAGCUGGAGACGCUGCUGUCUUCUGCGAGCCGCCGCCUGCGUGUGCUGGAGGCUGAAACCCAGAUCCUCACUGAUUGGCAGGAUAAGAAAGGUGAUCGCAGAUUCCUGAAGCUGGGUCGAGACCAUGAGCUUGGAGCUCCCCCCAAACAUGGGAAGCCCAAGAAGCAGAAACUGGAAGGGAAGAUGGGACACGGGCCAGGCCCUGGCCCUGGGCGACCCAAAUCCAAAAACCUUCAGCCCAAGAUCCAGGAAUAUGAAUUCACUGAUGACCCAAUUGAUGUGCCACGGAUCCCAAAGAAUGAUGCUCCUAACAGGUUUUGGGCAUCCGUGGAGCCUUACUGUGCCGAUAUCACCAGCGAGGAAGUGCGCACGCUGGAGGAACUUCUGAAGCCCCCCGAAGACGAGGCGGAGCAUUACAAGAUCCCACCCCUAGGAAAACAUUAUUCCCAGCGCUGGGCCCAGGAGGACCUGUUGGAGGAGCAGAAGGAUGGGGCCCGGGCAGCAGCUGUGGCUGACAAGAAGAAAGGUCUCAUGGGGCCUCUGACGGAACUGGACACUAAAGAUGUGGAUGCCCUGCUGAAGAAGUCGGAGGCCCAGCAUGAGCAGCCAGAAGAUGGGUGCCCCUUUGGCGCCCUGACGCAGCGCCUCCUGCAGGCCCUGGUGGAGGAGAAUAUUAUUUCCCCUAUGGAGGACUCCCCCAUUCCGGACAUGUCUGGGAAGGAAUCAGGGGCAGACGGGGCAAGCACCUCUCCUCGCAAUCAGAACAAACCCUUCAGCGUGCCACACACCAAGUCCCUGGAGAGCCGCAUCAAGGAGGAGCUGAUCGCCCAGGGCCUUUUGGAGUCUGAGGACCGUCCCGCAGAGGACUCGGAAGAUGAAGUCCUCGCCGAGCUGCGCAAACGGCAAGCUGAGCUGAAGGCACUCAGUGCCCACAACCGCACCAAGAAGCAUGACUUGCUGAGGUUGGCAAAAGAGGAGGUGAGCCGGCAGGAGCUGCGACAGCGGGUCCGCAUGGCGGACAAUGAAGUGAUGGACGCCUUUCGUAAGAUCAUGGCUGCCCGGCAGAAGAAGCGGACUCCUACUAAGAAGGAAAAAGACCAGGCCUGGAAGACCCUGAAGGAGCGGGAGAGCAUUCUGAAGCUGCUGGAUGGGUAACCCUCAGCUGCCUGGCUGCCUUCCUCCCACUUCCUGCUUUGGGGGCCAACAGUCUUGGACCGCACUGCCCAUCAAAUGGUGACGGUCUCCAGAGGGCUGAGCCCUCCGCUGCGGCCUUUCGGUCUAGCUCUGUACAGCCAGGACACACGAGGCCCUGCGGGGCCAGCCUGGCCGGCCUGCCUGGCCCCCGAGCUGGGCACGAGGAACUCGUUCCUGGGUCUUCCUCUUCCUCUGCCCUCCCCCACUCCCCACCUGUUCCCCUCAAACACUUCCCCCUUGUGGUUUUGUAAAGUGCAAACUCAAGAAUAAAGUGACUGCUGUGGUUUUUCA